CUCGACCUCACUUUACACAUUGAACAAGAGGCAUAAGGCUAUAAAAUAUUUUAUAGCUGAGUGAAACUUUCUGGAUAAAGUACUGGCAGAAGUGUUUAGAUGAACAGCAAGAUGACAUUCUGGAGCUUUGUACUUACAUUCUGUGGAAUUGUGGGCUUUCACUGCUGUCUUGCUGGAGAAUAUGGGAUUGUAAUAGAUGCAGGAAGCAGCGGCAGUCGAGCCAGAAUCUAUACCUGGCCUGAAAGAACUUCUCUGAGUCAAACAAUCCAACUUACAGAAGUUGGGAACAAAAAGAUCAAGCCAGGAUUGAGUGCUUUUGUAGGGGACGCAAAUGGGAUAAGGGAUCACGUGUUACAGCUAAUUGAUGCGUGCAAGGAUAAUGUUCCAGAUGAUAAACAAGUAGACACUCCAAUUUAUGUAAUGGCCACUGCUGGAAUGAGACUUUUAAAAGGUACCGACGCAUUUGCAAUCUACGAAAAGGUGGACGAGUUUUUAUCUGACAAGUCCUUCUCCCCAUUUGAUUUUCAAAAGGGAAACGCAAGAACGCUGUCGGGUGAGGAAGAAGGGGCAUUUACCUGGAUUGCUGCCAACCAACUCAACGGCCUGUUUGGAAAGGGUCGCACCACUAACGAGACUGUUGGCAUUAUUGAAAUGGGCGGGGCUUCAACCCAGCUUGCGUUUGUACCCCGGGGAAAUCUAUUGGCUGACAAAUUUCCUGUUUUCGUGGCUGGAAAGCAUUAUCCAUUAUAUGUUCAUAGCUACCUCUAUUAUGGUCAAGACUUUGGUAUCCAAAAGAUAAAGAACAAUCUCUACCGAAACAGACCUGACGGCGCUUCCAACGUUAUCAUUAACCCUUGCAUGUUAGUGGGUGAUGAUAAACUUAUUGAUAUGCAAGGUGUGGAAAUACAAUACCAAGGUAGUGGGAACCCCGAUGAAUGUCUAAACCUCAUACGAGAUGAACUAGUGUAUAAAAGCCCAGAUCAUCGGUGCUUCCCAAAACCAUGUUCGAUAGGACCGGUGUAUCAACCUGAAAUCCCCGCCGGUAUGUUAUUCUACGCCGUCUCCGCGAUCAUACACACUAGUAAGACAAUUGGUGCGACAUCUGCCGAUAACGGCAUGACCAAUGCGGGAACCAUUCUUGCUGAGAGUCGGGAGUUCUGUCAAUUGGACCUGCAGACUGCGCUAAAUAAAACGGGAGAUAGUUAUUCAGACGCUCGUUGUCUAUCUGGACUUUUGAUAAGCACAAUGAUGAUCGAGGGAUGGGGCUUUGACAAAGAUGAAC